UAAGACAUGCUUGUUUUGUGAACGCUGCGGUCUGACUUUCGAUUAUUUGUUCUCAACAUUUACCAUUGCAGUUUAAAAUUGAUUUCUUGCUUGUUGUGAUAGUGCAGUAGUGCUGAAAUGGGUAAACCAAAGAAAGGAAUUGCAGACAAAGUUAGAAAGGCAAAACAGGCCAAAAAGAAGAAUGUAUUCAAGGUUCACAGCAAUCCUUUUGAAGUUAAAAUCAAUAAACAAAAACACAAUAUCAUGGGGAGAAAGACAAAACAUGACAGAGGUUUGCCUGGUGUUUCAAGAUCCAAGGCCAAUAAAAAAAGAAAAGAUACUUUGUUAAAAGAAUACAAAGAUCGAUUUAAAACCAACAAUUUGAUGGAUGAAAGAUUUGGUGAAGGUAGAACUGAUUUAUCAGUUGAAGAUAAAAUGCUCGAAAGAUUUGCAAUGGAAAAGAAACGAAAACAUGACAAGAUGUCACUCUUCAAUCUGAAUGACGAUGAAGAGGAACUAACACAUUUUGGGCAAUCACUUGCGGAGAUAAAAGAUUUUGGAAGUCAUGGUCAGAGUGAUGAUGAAGAUAACGGUGUUAUAUCUGGUGAAUAUGUGUCUGAAGCUCAUUUUGGAGGUGGAAUAUUCAGAAAAAAAUCAUCCAAUGAAGAAAACGACGAUGAAGAUGAAUCUAUGAAACCCAAAUCAAGAAAAGAAAUCAUUGAUGAAAUAAUUCUUAAAUCUAAAAAGGCAAAACACGAAAAACAAACGACACAAGAGGAGGCAAAUGACUUGCGGGAAAAGCUUGAUGACACAUGGCAAGAGGUUGAAAAAUUACUUAAAUCAUCUACAAGAUCAACAAAAGAUAAAGAAUUUGCCAAGGAUACUUAUAAACCUGAUGAAUAUGACGUCUUUGUAAGGCAGAUGCAGUAUGAUAAAAAAGCAGCUCCGGCUCAGAGGGGUAAAACUGAGGCAGAGAAGGCAGCAGAAGAAUCGGCUAGAAUUCGUAAAUUAGAAGACGAUAGAAUUGAACGAAUGAAAGAAGACUAUAAUCAUGUGACAAAAAAAUCAGCACAAACUCAUCGAUCUGCUGAUGAUCUUAACUAUGACUUUCUUCCUGAAAAGGUUUAUGUUGAGCCAGUCAGUUAUAAAGAUGGUGUUAUGGUUGUUGCUGAUGACUCCAAACUAGAAGAUGAAAAUAAUAAUGACUGGCAACUUGACGUCAAAAUUGACGAUGAAAUUGAAGCUAGUGAAAGUGAGGAAGAUGAAGAAGAUGAAGAACAGUUAUCGGAAGAUAACAGUGAUGAGGAUGAAUUUUCCGAUAUUGUUACUGAUGAUGAAGAUGUAGAAUAUACACAAACUCAACAUACUGAUGCUGAAAUGAUGGAAAAUAUGAAAAAGAAACAGUCAAAAAUGAAGGAACAAAAAGAGACUGCUGAAAUAAAAGGAUCUUCAAAAUUUCCUAAAUCAUACUUUGAGUUUUGCGACAUGGUAGACACAAAGUACAGUGGAAGUUGUCAGAAAUGUCUCUCUGCUUUGAGAAAAUUUUUUUCAACCGGUUUGGCAAAAGGAAACAAAGAAAAAAUGGCAACAUUGUUUGAAUAUGUUUGGCAGAAAAUCUAUGAUGUUUGCAUUGAGAAGGAAUUGAAGAUGGAGGCUGUUGAUAAUUUAGUGAGGCACUUGUAUGAACUUUGUCAAUUGAAUCCAUUAUCUUCUGCUAAAUAUAUUGUGAAUGAAAUGAAAAAUAUUUACAAGAUGUAUUUAUUGCGAAACGGAAAAAUUAGAAUACCAGAUUUCGCGCAUCUUAUACAAUUCAAGUUGAUAAAGAUAUUAUUUUCGACAAGUGAUUACUUCCAUUCAGUCUGUUCUCCUGCUAUAUUGUUUAUGUGCCAUAUCUUGCAUUCAACAAGACCAACAAAUUUAAGAGACGUCUCUUCACUCCUUUUUGUCUGCACUUUGAUGUUUGAAUAUGUUUGUUUUUCGAAGCGAUUUAUUCCUGAAUGCAUUAAUAUGCUAUGUGGAAUAUUAUGCAUGGCUUUACCCAGGACUAUUCAACAGAGUAAAGGUAUUCCAUCUGCUGCUUCUUUAUAUUUGAAUACGAAGAAUUGUCAAUUACUUGUACUGGAAGGUCAAUCAUUGAACAACUCUGAUGACAGACAAAAACCGGACUUAAUCAAAUGCCUCUCUAUAAAAGAUCCUUGUUUAUUAAACACGGAUGAGACCAGGUUACAGAUGUUGAAUGUGGCAUUGAAACUUUCUUUAAAAUUCGUAAUGUUGAACAGUCAGAUAUCCUGCUUCAAAGAAAUUCACCAACCUUUGAAAAUCAUCUGUUCUCGAUGCAUAUCUGGUUAUAGAGCAACUAAUGAAGGAAAAGUUCAUCCUUUAGCUGAAUUGCUAUAUGAAGUUAAGGCUGAAGUUGAACGGAUUGAGAAGAAAUCUCCCGAUCUGAAGCAUCUCGUUCAAUCUGAAAGUAAUAAACCAAAAGCUUUACCUUUGUAUGAUCCAAAGUUUGAAGAAGUUGGUGAACCAUUUCAAAAGGGCAGUCGGAAACAAACUAGUUCGACUAAGCGAGAGAAAGAUAGACUUCAACAUAGGUACAAGAGGGAACUGAAAGGUGCAGUCAGAGAAAUAAAGAAGGAUGCCAGAUUUAUUGCUAGAGAACAACUCAAUGAACAAAUUGAAAAGGACAAAGAAAGAGCUGCAAAGGUGAAACGAUUGUACGGAUUCCUCUCUAAUCAAGAAGGUGAAGUGAAGAAAAUCAAUCGAAAAAGAUUCAAACUGGGAGUUGAUUGAAUCAUUACUUAUAUUAAAUAUACAUAUGGCCAGUAUUUUUGUGUAGUUUCAUAUUACUGAUCAGAUUAUCGGAAUAGUUUUCACUGUUCGAUAUUUCCUAUUUACUGAGUUAGCUAAUAAUGAUAAGUACUAAGAACAGACUUCGACUCGCCUUCCUUCCCAGAGACUUAAGUUGUGUCAGCACAUAUGAAACUCGAAACAUGCCGCUGAGAUUUAGUUUCCAUAUAUGGGCUAUUCCAAGUGACACUACAGGACAAUUCCAGAAAUUUUGCAUGUUGUUAAAUUCAAUAUAUUUUCACAUUUUCAGCUA